AUGGACAAGAAAGGGCCGAGCUGGGAGGACGCCGGCCCAGGCAGCUGGAGGUUCCUGGGGGGAGGAUGGAACAGGAUGAUAUCACAGAGGCUGGGGACACCUAGAACCCAGAGGGCUCCUGGCCUCAGUGUCAUCUGCCAGAAAAGCCACCGAGGCCAGCAACUCACAUUCUGUCUAGAUCCGCCGGGUCCCAGCGCCUCUGCGUCCCUGUGUCUGAGCCCUGCCAGCCACUCCCACUCCCUGCCACUCGCAGCAUCCGGCCACGGGCCCCCUGGGAGGCCCUGGAGAUGCCCCACGGCCUCCCGUGUGCCGUCCCCAGCGGGACCUAGCUGUGCGCAGCCUGGGGGAGGGGCGGCCAUGGGGCGGCGGCGGCUGGCCCCAGCACUGGUGGCGGCAUUCAAGGCCUUGCUGAUCCUGCCGGCGCUGCUGGCGCCCUCGCAGGCGGUGGUGCGGGCCGUGCUGGAGGACAACGCCAGCACCGUGGACUUUGCGGACCUGCCCGCGCUCUUCGGCGUCCCCCUGGUCCCCCAGGGCGUGCGGGGCUUCCUGAUGGAGGCGAAGCCGGCCAACGCGUGCCAGCCCAUCGAGGGCCCGCAGCCGGGCAACGGUUCCCUGGGCGCCAUCGUGCUGAUCCGCCGCUACGACUGCCCCUUCGACCUCAAGGUGCUCCACGCCCAGCGGGCCGGCUUCCAGGCGGCCAUCGUGCACAACGUGCGCUCCGACGACCUGGUGCGCAUGGCCCACGUGUACGAGGACCUGCGGGGCCAGAUCGCCAUCCCCUCGGUGUUCGUGGGCGAGGCCGCCUCGCAGGACCUGCGGGUCAUCCUGCGCUGUGACAAGUCGGCCCACGUGCUCCUCCUGCCCGACCACCCGCCGUGCCCGGACCCGGACUGCCACCCCGUGCUGGCCAUCUCCUGGGUGCUGGGCCGCAGCCUGGCCCUGGUCACCUCCGUCCUCUUCGUCCUGCGCCGCCUGUGGCUCUGGGCCCGGGGCUGGUGGACCCGAGGGCCGGCGGUCAGGGCGCCCGCCUGCCAGAAGGCCCAGGUCCACACCUUCACGUGGCGCAGCGACCUGUGCCCCAUCUGCCUGGACGAGUACGAGGAGGGCGACCAGCUCAAGAUCCUGCCCUGCUCCCACACCUACCACUGCAAGUGCAUCGACCCCUGGUUCGCCCAGGCUGCCCGGCGCUCGUGCCCCGUGUGCAAACAGUUGGUGGCCGGCACCGAAGACGGCUCGGACUCCACCAUCGACAGCUUCUGCGAUGAGGACCCCUCCCUGCCCGGCCACCGGCCCCCUGUCUGGGCCAUCCAGGCCCGGCUGCGCUCCCGGAGGCUGGAGCUGCUGGCCCGAGCCGGCCCGCACGGCUGCUGCAGCCCUGCGUCCCUGGCUGUGGCUGAGGCCACCGCGGUGACCUCCGACAGGUCCCUGGGACCGUCCUGA